AUGCCACGUCGGCGCAAUCCAGAUGCGCCAACUGCCCCGAAAGCACCGCGCGUUCGUAAGAAGAAGGCCGAAGCGGACGUGGUGAAACAGGAUUCGGCCGUCUAUGAGCCGUUGAUGCAGUCGAAUGGCAUCAUGAUGGACGAUACUAACAUGUACACGCAGGAUUUUGGCUUUGCAUUUGGUGCACAGCCGAAUUUCACCAGUCCGGAGCAGGCGAACAGCCCGUAUAUGCUGCCACCACAAAGCAACACUCCUCAACCGUCGAUGAUGAUGCGACCGAUGGCACCUCCUUCACAACCAGGUGCGCAAAUAUCAGCUCCUGCGCAACCACAAUCCAUGAAUGCUGUUCCGAGUCCUUUAGAGUUUCGUAUCCAUGAAAUGAAUCGCCGUUUAUACAUAUUCAAUUCGUCGGGGAUUUGUGAAAAAGAUUUCGCCCAGUGGUGGGAUGCUUUCUCUCAUGAGUUUUUCGAUGAUGAUGCUAAAUUAUGGAUAAAUAUUGUUGACGAGCAUAGUCCACAUUCAGAAAAAUAUGUUUUGGGCCGACAACUUAUACCUCGCUUCUUUCGCUCAUUUUUCGAAAGCAAGAUUAGAGAGAUGUAUUUUGUAAUUCGUGGGCAAGCCCGCGAAUCUCAAGCACCCUCUGGUAUGAUCCACUACGAGAACCAGGAUGUGCUUCAGGUCACGAAGCAUGACGUUCCGAAUGCUGAGGUGCAAACCAAAUUCAAAUUAUUCAUCGAAUUUACGCCUUAUGAUGAGAUUUUGAACCAUCGAAUUCGAACGUGGAGUAUGGAAUUGGAGAGCUGCCAAGAAUUCUUCAUGAACGAAAUCACGAAGGUGGGCUGGCUACUUCGGACUUUUCAGCAGAUUUUGUUUCUUUUUUCAAGAAUGUUUUUAUAUAGUCUUUUCGAAAAGCCCGUAUUUCAUAUCCCUCUAGCCUUGCUUCCAGGACUAUCUUGUGACGUGUACAAAUGA